UGUUCGCGAGCAAUAGCAUCGAAAGUAAAAGUGUUCACUACUUUUCAACAUGAGCUUCGUUAAAUCUCUAUCUAUUUUGACAGCAUUCCUGGGAAUAAUGGUUGCUUUUGCAUCGGCAAGACCUACAAGUGUACCGCCAAACGUUUUGAAUUACUUGGAGAGAUAUGGCUAUCUGUCACCUAGCGAUGUAAAAUCAGGAGAAGUGAAAAGCGAAAGAAUACUUGAUCAAGCGGUGAGGAAUCUUCAACGUUUUACAGGGCUUAACGAGACCGGAAAUCUAAAGGACCCUGAGAUGAUACAGUUGGUUACCAAGCAACGCUGUGGUUUUCAAGAUCUCAAUAAAGCGGUAGAGUUCCGGAGAAAGAAAAGAUAUGCUCAUCAUGGAACUUCAUGGAAGAAAAGGCGUUUAACUUACAAGAUAACACGCUAUACUUCAGACCUCACCAAAAGGCAGGUAGACAAAACAAUAAAGUCUUCCCUGAAGAUGUGGGCAAAGGUAACUCCGCUGACCUUCUCAAAAGUAAGCAGUGGUCCCGCGGACAUUGAACUUGUUUUUGAAAAAAGGAAAGACGAUGACUAUUCUUUUGACGGGAGAGGAGGUGAACUGGCUUACGCUUACUUUCCUGGCAAUAACGAGGGGUACUUUGGAGAUGUCCAUUUUGAUGACGAAGAAAUGUUCACGGUUACCAGACAGAAUGGAGCAGUGGAUCUUAGAUGGCUAGCCCUCCAUGAGCUGGGACACAGUUUGGGGCUCGCUCACUCCAAAAACAAAAGGGCAAUUAUGUACCCGAUUUAUGAGGAAAGUCUGUCGGGAAAUAGACUAAACCGUGAUGAUAUUCUUGGAAUUCAACACAUAUACGGUAAGCCCAAAAUCAACAGAGCCACACCCACUCCUCACUUUGACCCCACCCAGUCUCCGGGAAAACCCAACCCUUGCAGCAGUACGCUUGACGCCAUGAUAAUGACCGCUGACAAGAUAACUUACGCCUUCAAGGGGGCAUAUUUUUGGCCGGUUGGUGAUCAGGGAGCAUUUACUGGAGCUCUGAAAAUAUCUCAAUUCUGGGAAAAACUCGAGGAUGAUAUUGACGCUGGUUACACAAGAGGUUAUGACGGACUUACCUUCAUUUUCAAGGGAUCAAGAUACUGGACCUACAAGAAUAGGUCAUUGGUACAAGGUCCAUUAAACAUAACAGACCUAAACCUGCCUGGUGAAGUACACAACAUGGAUACCGCAUUAGAGUGGGGUGCAAAUGGAGAGCUGUACAUCUUUAAGGGUGACAAAUUUUGGAGAUAUAACAGCGAAAGAACAAGCAUUGACCCUGGAUACCCCAAAACCAUUCACUCUGUGUUACCAAAUCUACCGAAUCAUUUGAAUGCUGCACUGCAAUGGAAAAACGGCAAAACGUACUUUUUCAAAGGGGCACAAUAUUACGCCUUAAACGACACUUCUAUUCAAAUACAGAAAGGGUAUCCCAAGACUAUUUCCACUUAUUGGAUGGGAUGUUCUCCAGCAGGUUUAAAAGCUGGGAAAAUAUCGCCGUAUCGUUCAUCAAAACAUGCACAUGCGCAUGAUUCCGUUCGUUCUUCUUCCUCUUCUUCUUCUUUUGCAACUGAGGCGGAAUACAUUGUUAUAGUAGCUGGUUUUAUUUCUUCAUAUUUCCUAAUACCGAAUAUACGUUAAGUGAUAGAAUGGAUUUGUUUGAUAAAAAAAAAAAAGUCCAGCAGAGGCCUGUUUCAGGCGUUUGGUUAGAAAACCAGAGUAAGGUUGUAAAACACGAUAACGGCGUCGGGGCGAAACACGUAAAGGAGGGCUUGGGUCGUGUCGUGUUCGUUACGCGACUUGACCCAAGCCUUCCUCCCACAUGUCGGCGGGGCGAAAAUAGGGGGCUUGGGUCGUAACGUGCUCAUUACGCGACUCGACCCAAGCUUCCCUCCCACAUAGUCAAGAAUUGAUUCGAUAAUUUCCAGAGGAAGGGUAAAUCGAUCGAUCUAUCAAUUAACCAAUCAAAUUAUACAAAACUAAACCGAGUAACUUACUCUUCAGAGGACGAAAUAUAUAUUUUCGAUAACUUUGGUAUUGGUACUCUUCCACUCUAAAAAAUAUUCCAAGUCCCACGGUAUACGACGUGGUGUACAUAUAUUUAUUUAUUAUAAGUUUUAUAUAUAAAAGUGGCGUGAAAAACGACUUCAAGGACCUUUUAAUAUAUUUUAUGAAGGAAAGAUUUAAUGUUAAAAUUAAAAGUGUGGUUCAGUAUAUGUAUAAAAACUGCAUAUCGCUCGUUAGCCAAAUGUACAAUUUAAGAUAAACAUUAAAUUUUCUUCUUAUUAGCUUUACCCCCGUAGAGGACUGAGUUUGCCUGAAAGAUUACACUCCAUGUACAAAAUAAAAAAGCAAGUCAAAGCUUUGUGUCACUAGUCAAAGUUCGUUGGAGGGCCGGUUUCAAACUGAAAUCAGUGCAUAUUCUAAACCGCUGAAAGACUUUAAAACCGGAAUGACUUCGGCGAAGCAACCGAAGUGAACACGCGACAUUUUUGCAGAGGAAAUAUUCAAACAAUAUUCACAGAGUGAUGUUUACAAUGCUGAAAGCAGCAAAUAUAUCACCGUAACUAGUCAGCAGCUAGUUCAAACUGGCUUUCAAAAUUGUUCUAGAAACAAUUAGUAAAUCUGCUUGCAGUG